GGAUGAGGAUGAGGAUGAGGAUGAAGCAGUGAGGGCUGGACCUGCAGCAGGAGGAGGAUCACUUCAGUCCGCAGGUCACCAUCACCUCCUUCUUCUCCUCCUCUUUCUUCAACUCCACUGUUCUCCGCUUCUUUUGUCCCGUUUCGGCACGGCUCAGCUCGGAACUGAUACCCGGACCAGGAGAGUCUCAGACCAGGGACAGUAGCGGGACAGAAGCGGGAGGAUUCCGUGUUGUGAUGCUGGGAGCCGUGAAGAUGGAAGGACACGAGGCUCCGGACUGGAGCGGCUACUACAGUGAGGAGGUGUACUCUCCAAUGCCAGGUUCUGGUCUUGGGAUGGGUUCCAUGUCUGGCUACAUGCCCAGCAGCGGGACUACAUCGGGCUCCUUCAACAUGUCCUACAGUGGGACCGCCUUGAGUCCCACCUCUGUGGGUGGGAUGGGCGGCUCAGCUCCAGGAGCCAUGUCAGGUCUGGGUGGGGGCGUGGCCUCAAUGGGCGGGGCCCUGAGUCCGUCAAGUAUGAGUUCUCAGCAGGCCUCGAUGGGCUUGAAUGCGUACGGGGGCAUGAGUCCCACCAUGAGCCCGACCAUGGCGUACGCCGGUGGUGGACUAAACCGAAGCCGUGACAAUAAGACUUUUAGGCGGAGCUAUCCGCACGCCAAGCCCCCCUAUUCCUACAUCUCCCUCAUCACAAUGGCAAUCCAGCAGGCCCCCAGUAAGAUGCUGACUCUGAGCGAGAUCUACCAGUGGAUCAUGGACCUGUUCCCGUACUACCGGCAGAACCAGCAGCGCUGGCAGAACUCCAUCCGCCACUCGCUGUCGUUCAACGACUGCUUCGUCAAAGUGUCGCGAUCACCGGACAAACCGGGAAAAGGCUCGUACUGGACCCUCCACCCGGACUCCGGCAACAUGUUUGAGAACGGCUGCUACCUGCGGCGCCAGAAGAGGUUCAAGUGUGAGAGGAAGAUGUCCACCAAGUCAGAGGGGAGGAAGGAGGGGGGAGGGGCAGGAGGAGGAGCGUCCCCUGCUGGAGACUCUUUGCUGCCCUCCACCAGUCAGGCAGCCUCACCUUCCAGUCUGGACCUACGGGGGGCAGCAGACCUGAAGGUGUCCAGCUCUCAGCUCCUGUCCUCUCUGUCGCUGCCCCCCCACUCCAUGGCACAUGAGUCCCAGCUGCACCUCAAGGGCGACGCCCACUACGCCUUCAACCACCCGUUCUCCAUCAACAACUUGAUGUCGUCGUCGGAGCAGCAGCACAAACUGGACCUGAAGGCCUACGAGGCGCUGCAGUACUCUUCCUACAGCAGCGGGGCGGCGCCAGGCCUCGGGCCUCGGACCAUGGAACCACUGGAGGUGUCGUAUUACCAGGGUGUUUAUCCCAGACCACUCCUCAACACGUCCUAGUACCCGCCCCCACCGGCCCUGCACGUCCUCACAUGACUCUGCAUGGACUUCCUGUCUGACUGUGAUGAUGCUACUGGUCUCUGAGGUCCUGACCAGACCAGGACCCAGACCUGGUCCUGGUUUCUCUUUUUACACACAGUCAGUGACUCAUUGCACUCGUCUCCUGCCUGACCCACGCAGGGGUCGUGACCUGUGCAUGAGGUCAUGACCCUGUGUGUAUUAAAAGGUCACUUCAUUAAAUUGGGUCAGACAGAUAACCCCGCCCCUCUGUGUGAUGUCAUUUAUUUAUCAAUACAAAUGAAAGUACUAAUCAAUAGUCAAUAAGACCUGGACGCUGUGAUUAUUGAUCAUUGAUUGUAAAGGAUCUUUGUUAAUGACUCUCACUCUGUGUGGAAAAGGAGAAACCACUUCCUAUGUGCGUUUCCUGAGCUAUGAUGUAUUUAAACCACUGAUUAUUGAUUAUUGAUGAUUGAUGAUUUCUAUGUGCAUGAAUGAAGAGGGCGCUCUUUUCUUCUUCUAUCGUUUCUUCUUCUGUCGUUUCCUCUUCUGUCGUUUCUUCUUCUGUCGUUUCCUCUUCCGUCGUUGUUUCUUCUUCUGUCGUUUCUUCUUCUGUCGUUUCUUCUUCUAUCGUUUCUUCUUCUGUCGCUGUUUCUUCUUCUGUCGUUUGUUCAGUUUAUUGCUCUGUUGCAUGUUUUUAAAUUAUUCUGUCAUUUGCAAAUAAAAUAAGAAAAACUGCAGUCAUUGAUUGAUUGAA